AUGUCUGCCAUCAAAAUUGGAGAUAGUUUGAAACAUAUCCAGCCCAUCAUCGGCCGCCUUGUGCCUCUGCCAACGGUCCAAGAGCUCCAUCCAACACUUGAAGACGCCGAAGCCUUUGUUGCGGAGAUAGACAUCAAAUCAGCGAAUAAAGUAGUAAAGCUGCUUGACUCGAAGUUCCCCAGAGAUCCGUCUCUCAAUCUUGCAUACCUCCGACGCUUCGCGAAGCGCGAACAUCUACCAGACCACUUAAAACAGCCGCAGGAAGAAAAUGGCCUGUCCGAACCGACCUCGAACCGUGCGAAGACGAUUCAUGUCCUGAUCUCCCCGCCGCUACCGGAUCGCGCAGAGCUAGCAACUCUACUCGCUCCUCACACCACUACGUCCACGGGGUCCAUACUGUCCGAUGGUGCAGAAGCGCCAUCUUCGGCCGUGCAAUUACGCUCCACGAGGAUACCCUUGCAGCCUCCCACGUCGCUAGAACAAGCACAACAAUGGUCUCGAAAAUACUGGCCGACGGUAUACAACCCAGCCGCCCAACCGGCAUCCCAUUCGCCGCCUCCCACGAUCUUGUCACGAACACAAGCUUCAAUCAAGCCGCCUGCGGGGUUCUACCUCGCUCUCGCCAGAAAGUUAGCUGAAGAAGCAGAGCAAUCGGGACGCGGUCGAGCAGUCGGCGCUGUCGUGGUCGACCCGGCGAUCCUCGAGUCCAGCCUGGACGAACCACUCUCAGCCGUCGUCGCGGCGGCCGGUGAUUCGCGAUACCACGAUCCAAACCAGCGCAGCCCACCACCAGCAGCACCGAAUGAGCCUACCACCACCAACAACAGCGACGACCAACCUUACCACCCCGACAGCGAAGGCCAGCCCUCCGACCACGCCCUCAUGCGCGUAAUAUCCCUGAUAUCACAUAAACGUCUCACCAUUCCACCCGCAGCAUCCACCUCGAACCCACCCAAUCCCCAGCCCGAUCCUCCCCAAAAUCCAAAACCCCUUCCUCCUGAAGCCCAACCCCUCCUCCACCCACCUCUCUCGCCACUCGAAUCGCAUUUCUUCAACACAGCCAACCUCUCCCCGCCAUCCGGCGGCGGCUAUCUCUGCACCUCUCUCGACGUUUACGUCACGCACGAGCCGUGUCUAUGCUGCGCGAUGGGCAUGUUGCUCUCGCGCUUCCGCACCGUUGUCGUCGGGAGAAGAGCUCGAGGGAGCGAGCUGGCGUCGUUGGAUGCGGAGAGGGGGUAUGGCCUGCAUUGGAGACGGGAGUUGAAUUGGAGGGCUAUGGGGUUUGAGUUCGUCGAAGAGGGAGUGGAGGAUGAGGAUGAGGAUGGGGGAGCUAGUGAUGGAUUUGGAUUUCAUGCAUAG